GGCAAGGAUUGGCCCACGAGUUGAUCGUGUGUCAGGCAUUGGGUAGUGGUUGACAGUUUAUAUUUAACAUACACAAGAAGCGUGGCUGACAUACGUAAUGCAAAAUACAUAAGGGAAAAGGCAUCGGAAUUAAGUACAAUGGUGGAAAUUAGAAGCUGUAUGGUUCAUAGUUUAUUUGAGUGAAAAUUCAGUUGGAUUUGUGACAAAUGGAACGCAUCUUCUGGAAACACAUCUUUAAGAAAUAGAAGUACUAGUAGUAGCCUGUUGGAUAUAUUUAGUGAGACUAAUCAAACAUCUGGUGAAUUGUUGAUUUUAUUAAAGUUAUAGGCCUACUUAUUUUUUUCUGAUUUCACGUUAGAAAUGGAGUUCAUUAUAUCGACAUUAAAGUGUUAGUAGGCCUACGAGUAUGUACAUGUACUGUCCAUCGGGAACAGCAGUGUGGAUCAUGUAUUACAACAGUAUACUUUAUCUUACAACACUGACGACAUUUUACGGGUGAUAUACGACAAUGUUACAGCACUUUCUCUUUAGAGCGGCACUUUGCGCUCUGUUGACAGCAUGCAUUGCGGUAACAGUCACUCCAAGUAGGCCACAAGCAGGUUCAGGAGGGGGUCUACAGGGUGGAGGAGAACCCCAAGGACACUCACCAUCAAUCUCUUUACCAAUACCCAUCAAGUGUAAGGCACAGUGCAUUGCUGACUGUUUGCAACAGCAAACAGACACAGUCAAUAGAUCAUUUGCAAAUUGCGGUGCAACUUGUACUAGGAUAUUGUCAAAUCAAACAAGAGAAGAAGACUGUUCUGGGUCAUUCUGUGAACAAAUCCAGCACUGCUUGGUUCAGGAGGUUGUAGGUAUCAUUCCUUCCACUGCUUUAAAACCAGAAGUCACAAGUCUUACACCAUACAAUCAGCUUGUACGGUGGAAUGAUGCUAAUGAAAAUUUGGGCAUAUUCAUUGUUGGCUUCAAGUAUGGCACUAUAGAAAAACAUUAUAUAACUGACCAGAUGGAAUAUAUUGUGAAGUUGAAUGAGUUAUUGCUCUGCCAACAAUAUUCUGUGCGCAUCUUUGCUGUGACUGGAUUUGAGAGGAUCACUGCAAGUCAGCCUACCAUUUUCAGCAACAAACCCAUACCUGGGACAGUUGGUAACCUAACUAUUGGACCAUUAGAGAGGAGAUCUGACCAGUAUGUUUAUGGGUUCUUUCAGUGGACGCCACCAGAGGGUUGGAAAUCAUCAGACAUUUCUUACUACAGAUAUAGACAAUCGGCAGUGAAUCCUGGGCCACCUCUUAUAAUUGCUAAUAAUAAUUUUAACAGUCACCAGACAGAGUUAACAUCAGUGGAAUUCAGAGUCUUGUCUAAUCCUGUGAAACCAAAAUUUACAGACUUGCUAUAUAUAUUUCAGGUAACACCUGUUGCCAGCUGUGCAGAAUUGCUUGUAGGAGCCACAGCAAAUAUAACUUUGAAUUUCUCAGAUUGUAACUCUGUCAGAAACUUUGAGGACUGCAGUGCCCAGAAACCUAAAGUUCCUCGUUACCCAGGAAGAGUAAAUUUGAGUACUGUGACAUUACAUUCAGUUCCCUUUAGUAAUUCCGAGAUAUUGGUGGCCUGGCAACCCCCUGAGACUAACCCUGCUGCAGUGGAGAGGUAUGAGCUACAGUGGGGCCCAGUAGAUGAAAACACGGGGAACCCAUUGCAACAUGCAAUGCCUCUGCAGGUAGAGGGCAGUGCAAGUUUGGGAGCUAAUCAUCUGAAUAAAACAAUUACUGUCCGUGAGCCACAUAGAAAAUAUGGCAUUGAGAUUGCAGCUCUGGGCAGGGAUGAACAGCCUGAAUGGAAUUUUCUACUUUACAAACCAUUUGAACCUUUUUGGCUCCCAUUGCUUGAACCAGAAGGCAACAGGUCUUACAAUAUUGAUGGUGGAAGUGCUCCAAACCCUAUUGAUGAUAGAUUGAUACCUGAUGGCAACAUACCUCUCUUUCCAUCAUCCGCACCAAUAAGUCCAAGACCACCUAUACACAGGAACCAAUCUGUGCCCAGGGAAUCCCCAGCAAAAUCCAAACCAAAUCAAACUGCAAGUGAAACUGACAGUAAAACCCUCAUCAUUAUUGUUCCUUCUGCCAUGGGAGGAUUUGUGCUACUGUUCUUGGCAUGUUCAUGUGCUCGCUGUUACCAAAAGAGGCUCAAGAAAAUGAAAACAAAGAGAACUGGACUCUAUGACCACAACAUUGUGUUCAGUAUCCCAGGAAUGGUGGACAAUGAGAAUUAUGCCUCAGUAAAUAUACAACCUCCAGUGAGAGCAGACCAAUGGGAAAUAUCCAAGUCAAGAAUCCUUUUUGGUGAGGUGCUUGGUGAAGGAGCAUUUGGCAUGGUGUACAAAGGUUAUGUGACUGGCCAUAUGCAUGCUCAGCGAUUGUCAUCAUCUGAUAGUGCUCACUUAGAGAGAGAUCAAAAUUUGACUGUUGCUGUCAAAGUGUGCCAUGAGUUUGCAGAUGAUGGUCAGAAAACAGAAUUUUUGAAAGAGAUCUGUUUGAUGAAAGCCUUGGGACACCACCAACAUAUUGUAAGCCUCAUUGGCUGCUGCACUCUGGAACAACCCUUGUGUCUGAUAGUUGAACAUAUGAGCCAUGGGGACCUACUGCAUUAUCUGAAAGCUCACAGGAUGAAUAUGUCACAGGGCAGUUCAGAGGCUUCUAGGAAUACAGAUAUACAUGUAGAUAGUCAAGAAUCCAUUUACCCAUCAUGUGGUGUGGUGGAAGGGGAGACACUGUCAUACUCAGAUCUGCUGUCUUUUGGAAGGCAGAUUGCUGUGGGAAUGGAAUAUCUCUCCCAAAAAGGUUAUGUUCAUCGUGACCUUGCAACCAGAAAUGUUCUCAUUGGAGAAGGUAAAAAUGUCAAGAUUGGUGAUUUUGGACUAACUAGAUACAUAUAUGAUGACAAAAUUUACUGUAACAGAAAAGGUGGAAAACUCCCUUUGAAGUGGAUGUCAAUAGAGGCCAUUUUUGAUUUGACUUUCUCUACUGCAAGUGAUGUCUGGGCAUAUGGAGUUGUGUUGUUUGAGUUGGUGACACUAGGUGGCACUCCUUACCCUACCAUUGCCAAUAAGGACCUACUGAAGGAGCUUCAAAAUGGUUAUAGGAUGGAAAAACCUGAUAACUGUACAGAUGAAUUAUAUGAUGUGAUGAUGCUCUGUUGGCAAGAGGACAUGGCCAGGCGCCCAAGUUUCACCCAACUGCGCAAUACAAUUGAACAGAUGAUGGAAAGUAUGUGUUCUGACUGCUACCUUGAUUUAAAUAUAGAUUCUUCAAAAGACUACUAUACCAUGACUUAUCCAGAUGACCUUAAUGAUCCAAAGGGUCAAGGCCAUUGUAAAGGUCAGAGUUUUACAAGCAGUGUAGCUUGUCUAGAUGAAACAGUGUGCCACGAGAUGAACUUUGAAAUUAAAGAUGAUGGAUUUGGUGAUGUUGAUGAUUCUGAUGAUGCUGAUGAGAAAAAUGGGAAUAUGUUACACGGCUCAAAUGACCAUCCUCUAGAUACUGUUGUGGCAAAAUUUGUCAACUCUAGUCACCGACCUAGUGACAGAGUUGUUGAAGCACACUGUGAGAUCACCACCAGAGACAAGCGCUUGCUUUCUGAUGACUCUGCAUGUGUGAUGUUACACAGGGAAGAUGGGAAGGAUGAAGAUGAAGAUGCUCUGGAAGAAUAUGUUGACAUGACAACAGACAAUAGAACCUAUUGGUCAGUUGCAGAAAAAAAUCCAACACAUGGUAUCCAUGGUCUUAUACCAAAAGUGGCCAUCAAAAAUAAGUGUGGUAUGUUAUUUAAUAAGUUUUUUGACAGUAACAGCAAUGCUGAAAAUAACAACAAUGGACAAAGUGCCUCAGAGCAAGACACCCAUAUGUAGACUAUUAAAUAGUGUGAUUUUGAUAUAAGAAAAAAUCAGUUUAAGCACAUAUGGACUCAUGGAUUCCAAAUUAUUUCUUGUGGAAUUGAUGCAGUUCUAAUGAUAUGAUCAUAGAAAAAUGUGUGAAGCAUUGUUUAAAUUUGUAUUAUUAUUAAUCUGUACCAAGUAGGCCCCUAUAGAUAUGUCAAUUCUAACCCAAUAUAUUAUUGAGCUAGAUUUUUCAUUAAAUUGAUAUAAAAAAGCCAUUGGUACCUAUCUAUCAUCAAUAAAUUUACUUUUCUAGAUGAAAAUGAUUUCAUGGGCUGUAAAUAUGAUUCAGAUGCCUUAUUGAUUAACAAAAAUUAAAUUUUAGAUCACUUUUGUUGACUGUAAAAUCAUUUAUUUUGCCUUGAUUUGCUCUUUUUAGUUUAUUUCUGAUCAGUGUAAAAUAUGAGUUUAUUCCAAACUCACUUAAAGAAUGAAUUUUUAUCCACAUUUUUGCUGGAGUGUAAUGUUAUAGUCUGUAUGAGCAUGCACUUGAUGGAUGUUUCUAAUGGAGUCGUUUUGUCCCUGUGAUACAUGAUAGUUUUUGUGAUAUGAUAGCAACCUAUUCAUAAUUUUUUAAAAACUUGCAGUUAACAUUGUGAAUGAGAAGGGUGUCACAUGAGCCAUUUAGACAUAGAUACAUAGUGACAGCACAAGAGACAAAAAACAUUCCAUGUCACAAGACA